CGAGAUUUUCGUCGGUUUAUAUUCUUCAGGACCUUCUAUUUAACCCGCAUUCGGUAUGGCUACAUCUGACGUGACUCCAGCUUUGGGUGUCACGCUGUUUAACACGAAGUACUUUGCUCUCCUAGGGGGCUUGGUUAUGAUUGGGGUCCUUGCUCGGUGCUUCUAUCAACUGUUUAUACAUCCGCUACGCAAAUAUCCCGGACCUAUCCUCCCAGCGCUGACCCGCAUACCAUAUAUCUAUCAUACUCUUAGAGGAGACUAUGUUACUUGGCUACAUGAUCUGCAUGUCAAGUACGGCAAUACCAUUCGUAUCUGCCCGGACGAGCUAAGCUAUGCAGAUGGCGACGCAUGGAGGGGUAUUUACGGCCAUGCAGCGUCGGGAAGAAAAACAGCAGAGAAGGAUACACGCUUCUUUGGACCUGGGCCAUUUCAUGCGCCAGAUAUCAUUCGAGCAAAUGUUACAGACCACUCUCGCUUUCGCAGAAACUUUUCGAACGCGUUUUCGGACCGAGCUUUAAGGGAUCAACAGCCCCUUAUCCGGCGCUAUGCAGAUAUGCUGGUCGAGAGGAUCAAUGGAAAUAUAACGGAAAAGCCUACCGCAGAGAUCGACCUGGUCACCAUGUACAACAUGGCCACCUUUGAUAUAAUGGGAGAUCUCACCUUCGGUGCCUCGCUAGACCUACUCAAAGGAAUGGGAAGCUCGUCGUGGAUGACAGCAGUGUUUUCUCGGGUGAAAUUGACAUCUCUUGAACGGGCUGCUCGAUACUACCCGUUUGGAUCCCUUCUUUUGAAUGCAUUUCUUCCACGCUCUGUUAAGCAGAAGGCGAUUGCCCAUUUGGCCGCUUGCAAGGAGAGAGUGGACAACCGUGUGGAUCAGCACUUGGACCGGCCAGAUAUCUGGGGACUUGUGCUGAACCAGAAGGAAGAAUUAAAACUCAGUAGAAGCGAAAUGUAUGCCAAUUCGCAUAUCUUUAUGGUAGCGGGGACCGAAACUACGGCCACCGCACUGAGUGGGUUGACUUAUCAGUUACUUCUACAGCCUGAGAAGAUGGAACGAAUCACAAAGGAAGUUCGAGAGACGUUCCAGAACCAUUCUGGAAUUGAUAUGGGCACACUAGCAAGACUGGAGUACUUGAAUGCGUGUAUUGAAGAGGGCUUGCGGUUUUAUCCUCCCGUUCCUACCGGCGUGCCUCGCAUCAUUCCCUCGGGGGGGUUGAUGGUCUGUGGCGAGUUGGUUCCUGCAGGAACUGCCGUUUCCGUAAGCCAAUGGACAACAUAUCGCAACCCCGAAAAUUUCAAACGGCCCAAUGAAUUUCUCCCAGAGCGCUGGCUGGAUGACCCAGAAUUUGCCACGGAUAAAAAGGCAGCGUUGCAACCAUUCUCAUUUGGCCCUCGCAACUGUCUCGGGAAAAAUUUGGCGUAUCACGAAAUGCGCAUUCUUUUGGCAAAUGUACUGUAUAAUUUCGAUUUUACCUUGGCGCCAUCAUCCCUGGGAUGGGAAAAGCAAAAGGCUUUCUUAUUGUGGGAGAAGAACAAGCUCAUGGUUCGAGUAAAGCGUAGAUAUUGAGUUGUGUGCCCUGCUUGAGAAGAGCGGCCACCUGUGACAUUGACGGGGAAAGCCGUCGUAUACAUGCUAACUACUGGACCCCAUUCAAUAUCAACUCUUAAAGUUACCUAU